AUGACUAUCACUGAAGAUGACUUAGACAGUAGACUUCCGGGAAGAACAGCUAAUGAUGUGAAAAACUAUUGGAAUACACACCUCCUCAAAAAGGGAAGUUCACACAUCACCAAGCUGAAAGAAAAGCCCCAAGAUAUGGUGAAAGUGAACGUAAUAAAGCCACAACCUUGGACCUUCUCCAAAAACUUAACUUGGUUAAGUGGGAAACCUGCAAUUGUAGGAAGCUUUCAAAAAAAGGAAGAUAUCAGAGACAUAUCUCAAACACCAAUGCAAUCGGAGAGUAGGAUUAACUGGUGGGAAAGCUUGUCAAAUUGCGGGGAACUUGAUGAGAGAGCCACAUGUACGCAAUGUGGCAGGUUGAAUGAAGUGCCCAAAGAAAUCUUUUGGGCGGAGGAAAUGGCACCAGAGGCAAAAGUUGUGGGGGACACUCUAGAUGAGGAUGUCCUGAAUUAUUGGGGUGACUUAUCUCUUGAUAUGGACCUUUGGGAGGUUCUCAAUGCAGAAUAG